GCUGUUGAUGGAGAAGGGGGCGGAUGACAGCCGGGACCGUGGUCAUCACUGGGGGCAUCUUGGCGACUGUGAUUCUGCUCUGCAUCAUUGCUGUUCUGUGCUACUGCCGGCUCCAGUACUACUGCUGCAAGAAGGACGAGCCGGAGGAGGACGAGGAGGAGCCAGACUUCGCCGUCCACUCGCACCUGCCCCCGCUGCACUCCAACCGCAACCUGGUGCUAACCAACGGGCCGGCGCUCUACCCCACCGCUUCCACCUCCUUCAGCCAGAAGUCCCCGCAGGCCCGAGCCCUCUGCCGAAGCUGCUCCCACUGUGAGCCCCCGGCCUUCUUCCUGCAGGAGCCGCCAGAGGAGGAAGAGGAUGUGCUGAACGGCGGGGAGCGCGUGCUCUACAAGAGUGUCAGCCAGGAGGACGUGGAGCUGUCCCCGGGGGGCUUCCAGGGGCUGCAGGCGCUCAACCCCAACCGCCUCUCUGCCAUGCGGGAGGCCUUCGCCCGCAGCCGCAGCAUCAGCACUGACGUGUGACCUGGGCCUGCCACCAAGUCCCUGGCCUGGAAGAUCCUGAGACCAUGGCAGGGUUCCCGUGGCACACCCACCUGGUCCCAGGUCCCAAGUGGGGCUUGGCUGAGCCCUCCUCGAAUCUCUGUCCUCAGGGGAGGCCCAGGCUUGAGGAGCCCCCAGGCUCGAGGCAGGGAUAAGGCUCAUUGAACGCAAACGUGUCCAGGGGGAGGCACAGCUGGGAUCUGGGCUGGAAGGACCAGGUGACCAUACAGUGGGCCGGGCAGGAUGGUUGCUCCUGACGCUUCUGUCUCAGCCCCAGCGACUUGGCCAACCCGAGGGGUCUCCAUGGUCACCCCAUCCCUGGCCCUCGGCCUUCUCACCUGCUCAAGGAAGGGGUGACCUCAGGGAGGCUCGGGGCCCCGCAGCAAGGCACCCCCACCCUGGCGAUUGCAGACCAAGGAUUCCGCGCCUCCACCCUGAACUUGGGCCUCUCUCUCUGCCUCUUUCCCCUCCCUCCCCCGACUCCUCCCUCCCUCUCUCUCACACACACUCCCGGUUUCAAGUGCCAAGCAUCUGCCCAGGCUGAGACACAAGGUGCUGAGCUCCCUGCAGAUGGACAGGUUGCCCGUAGAUGGGAGACUGUCGGGGGCGGCAGGGCCCUUGGGAUGCUCAGUCCAGACAGGUGUGUUGGUGGGAGGGAGAGAGGCCAUGUCGCAGCCCACCUGCCUUGGGAGCAGUAGCGUGGAAAUGCUCAGACGCAGUGCUCAGCCAGAAACAGGCUGGCAGGAGGCAGCCCGGGGCCAGUUAGGGUGGGCAGAGCCGAGGCCUAGGGUUUGACAACCCCCUAGUCCCUGUGAGACUUGGAUGCCCCUUCCCACUCCUGGGCCUUGGUCUCCCCAUCUUGUGUGAUGAGGGGCUGGUCCCAGAGGGACCCUGAGGAUGGAGGUCUUCAGGCUCUGGGUCUCAACAGGAACUGAGGUCCCCAAGGAGACAGAGCUGCAGGUCACCUCCCCCACCUGCUUCUCAGCAGGACCCAGGAGGCCCAGCCCAGCCCCACCCUGCUCCCGAUGGACCCCAAGCAGCCGGAACCUCCUGCUGCUGUGUGAAGGCCUCCUCUGAGCCCACUCUCCACCAAGCACCCACCCAGGCUGAGGUUUCCUGGGAAUUCCCACCCGCUGUCCUGCUGCUAAGGAAAUGACGUCAAUGGCUACCCCAGAGAAAUCCCCCAAACCCUGGGUCACCAGCCAUCAGGAAAGCAGCUCUUCCUCACCCAGGAAGAGGCACUCAGCAACCUGGCCCCAGGAUCCCCCUUCCCUCUCUGGGGCUCUCCCUCUCCUUCUGGGCCCUGCCAUGGAGCCCCAGGGCCAGGGCAGCCCAUCUCUGCCCAGGGAAGGCACUCCCCUAAAGGACAAGGCUGGCCAGUCACGGUGGCUUAUGCCUAUAAUCCCAGCACUUUGGAAGGGCAAGGCAAGUGGAUCACAAGGUCAGGAGUUCAAGACCAGCCUGGCCAAGAUGGUGAAACCCCAUCUCUACUAAAAACUACAAAAAUUAACUGGGCGUGGCGGCAGGCACCUGUAAACCCAGCUACUCAGGAGGCUGAGGUAGGGGAAUCGCUUGAACCCAGGAGGCGGAGGUUGCAGUGAGCCGAGAUCAUGCCACUGCACUCUAGCCUGGGUGACAGAGUGAGACUCUGUCUCAAAAAAAUAAAAAUUAAAAAAAGACAAAGCUUUGCAGGCCAGUGGCCUUCCUGAGCUGCGGGGGUUGGGGGUGCAAGGGGUGGAGGUGGCCUGAGCAGGACACUUGCUCUUACUCAAAAACAAAGUCCCCCGUUUCCGGAGGCGCUAGAAGUGCUGGUGGAGACACAGUCGUUACUGUUCUGUUGUUCUCCUCCUACUACUUUCUCCCUGCCUGGUUGGGACAGUCCAGUGGCAUUCACCCUUGAGGUCCCUCGAAGCCCCGGCCCCUGGCCCACCCACACCUCCGGCUUCCUCUGUGCAUCUGUGAAGUCUGUUUCUGAUGCGUUAGCGUGGGGGGUGGGCUGGGUGGGUCGGGGUGAGGGCCCAGAGCUGGCCCGUGCUGUGGCUGUUCUGAUUCCAUUUCCCACUUCCUUUCUGGUCUCUGUCCCCUCUGUAGAUAUGUAGAUCUCUUUGAACUGAAGUAAGCACCCAUCCCCCCGCCCAGCCUACUCAGCUCCCCUGUGGGGACCUGCUGGGGAGCUGCUGGCUCCCUGAGGAAAGUGAAAGCCAAUAAAACAUCUCCCACACUCC